UGCUUUCCACGCGUCUACGUUUUCUCUGUUCGUCGACCUCUUUCCGAACCGGUGACCUUUUUGGUCGCCGUUUCACGUAAACGAAAAAACGAGACACGACGUCGAUCUCCGUCCAAGGAGAUCCGAUUCCUAGUAUCCAGCUGGAAAUCGAAGCGGAGUCAGCAGUAUGGGGAUUCUCACGUGAGAGGCGUGUUCCGGGGUGGUCCACGAGAGAAAAAAGGAAUCCAAGGAAGGGACGAAAAAGCAAAAAAAAAAAAUAGAGGGGGCGACUCGCGGACGAAUUAAUAAUGCCGCGCGAGAGGAGCGCGGAGGAUCGGCUGAACUUUACUCACAGGGGAUCACGCAAUAAUCCCGGAAGAAGACAGAAGUGAAGCUACAACGAUGGGGGUAUACGUGAUAGGCUUGAUCGGCGUGAUCGUAUUUUAUGUGUUGGUGUUGGGUGUUGGUAUUUGGGCAGGCACUGUGAAGAAGAAAAAGUCACGCCAUGGCCAAGACGCAAUGAUAUUGGCGGAUCGUGGUUUAGGCCCGAUCCUCGGUAUCUUCACUUUGAUCGCCACGUGGGUUGGCGGCGCCUACGUGAACGGGACCGCUGAAUUGAUGUUUACCAGAGGAUUGGCCUGGUGUCAAGUGCCCUUCGGUUACAGCCUCAGUCUACUGUUCGGUGCGGUGUUAUUUGUACGACCAAUGAGGAAAGCGGAGCAUGUGACCAUGCUGGAUCCUUUUCAAGAGAGAUAUGGCGCCGGGGUCGGAGGACUGUUGUUCCUUCCUGCUCUGUGUGGUGAUUUGUUCUGGUGUGCUGCGGUGCUGAGAGCAUUGGGAAGCUCGUUGGCUGUAGUGGCUGGCGUAGAUCCGGAGAUCAGCAUUGUCGCCUCUGCGCUCUUGGCAGCCGUGUAUACCGUAUUCGGCGGACUGUAUUCCGUCGCAUGCACCGAUGUAUUGCAGUUAGCGUGCAUUGUAAUCGGCUUGGGAGUGUCUGCUCCAUUUUCCGCUCUUCACCCUGCUGUUUCUUUCGAGAAGAACCUAGCACCGCACGAAUGGCUGGGGGAAAUUAAGAACGAGGACCUGGGCGAGUGGGUAGAUUGUAUGCUGUUGUUGGUAUUUGGCGGUAUACCUUGGCAGGGCUAUUUCCAAAGGAUCCUAAGUAUGCGAAGCACAUCAAUAGCAACGGCUCUAUCGAUAGCAUCGAUGUUUGGCUGCAUGAUCCUCGCGUUUCCAUCAGCUUUAAUUGGUGUGGUAGCACGAGCUACUGAUUGGUCAUCCGUAGAAGGAUUUAACAAGAGUAUAAUAGCACAUGAUGGGAAUGUGUUACCGAUUGUUCUUCGAUACCUAACGCCGCAGUGGGUCUCCUUUGUCGGUUUGGGCGCUAUUUCUGCAGCAGUUAUGUCGUCAGCAGAUUCAAGUAUAUUAGCCAGCAGUUCCAUGUUCUCCAGGAACGUCUACAGACUCACAUUAAGGCCAAAGGCAACCGAGAGGGAACUGAAUUGGAUACUCCGGAUAUCUGUUGUCAUGAUCACAGUACUGUCGACUUUAAUAGCGCUCACGGUGGACAGCGUUUAUUAUCUAUCGUACUUGAGCUCUGAUCUUGUUUAUGUGGUGCUCUUCCCGCAAUUAUUAACCGUUAUCCAUUGGCCCUCUCUGGUCGACACUUAUGGAUGUCUCGCGGGUUACUUCGUGGCCGUUGUUUUACGUCUUUGUGGCGGAGAAAGAGGAUUGGGCGUGCCAGCUCUCAUCGAAUACCCUUUCUACGACACGGAAACGCAAUCACAAAAAUUCCCAUUUCGCACCGGUGCCAUGAUCGUGGCUCUAUUUACCCAGCUCAUCACCAGUUUCUUUACAAGAAAUCUUCUUGGUAAAGGUUACUUUCCCCGAUGUUGCGAUGUUCUUAGUGUAUAUUCGCCUGGGAAAUCGAAAGACCAAUCUGGAGUUGUACAAAGCAGCUCUGGUGCCGCUCUAAUGGAUACUUCCUCUGUCAAUAAAUCCACCUCUGGAAUGGACUCGUGCGAUGGGAUCGGACCCGGCAGCUACGACGACGACCGCACUACUUCCAAUUCAGUGGAAGACAUGACUGAUCGGGGAGACAGCGGGACCAUAGCAGCCGAUUCUUACGAUAAAGACACUACCAAGGUCAACAGCGUCGGAUCAGCCGUUCAAAAAGCGAACCAAAGCCUGCAACAUCUUCAAACCUUAAGAAACACCAUCCAUACGAGCUCGAUCAGCGGUAGACAUACUCCAACCCCCAAUCAGUACGCCCCUAUACAGAGCAACGAAGUGUCCAGAGGCCAAAUAUUAGGUGUACGAAACCUAAGGGGUUCCAUGGGUCAAAUGCUCUUACCAACUGAUCGACCAACUAUACCUCCAAAUAACAAUGCAAGCAUAGUGAACGUGCCAACGAAUCCCACUGUAGCUACCCCUAUGACUCCGGGACCUCAUUACACCAAACCUAACGAUGGAUCUUUGUUAAACGAUAAAGCAAGAGAAAACGAGAGGAUCAGUAUCGUGGACAGAGGAAACACGGAAUUCAAUGUCCCAGAUAAUAUGUUGACUACCAUCAACGUUAAGAAAAACGUGAAGGGUGUGAAGCUGGUUGGUAUGGAGGGUGGCACCCUGAGGAGACCAUCGUUACAGGGCACUUUUUCACCGACACCGUCGGUGGAGCUUGUCCACAUCUUGGAUAGGAGACAGAGCAGUAGUUCGUACGGACCUGGAUCACUUUCUCCCGUUCCUAUGGGAGUAGAGGCGUGCAAAACCCAUGGGACAGCAUUAGAGGGACAGGGUGGAAAUGAACAUUGCAGGAUCAAAAGGGGCAUCGUCAGGCAUCAUAGUUUGCGCAGCUUCAAUGACACUGGAGACCGAGCAUUAACGACGUUGGCCAGACAGCCAACGUAUCCAUCGAUGCCAUUGCGUCCUGAAGACUGUCGCAUGACCCUGGCGAAGAAAGAUAGAAGGACGUCGACAAUCGCGCGACACGGUUCCGUGACGACUGAAAAGGAGCUGAGCGGUUGCACGACCGGACUCGUCGUUUGUAGUCCUACUUACAACAUGUACAGCUCGGCUGUGAAGAAUUCCAACUACUUCGUGACUGACGACGAAGCGGUCAGCAGGUUUUAAAUUUGAAGGAAGACGUAUAUUCAAAGGAAGCGAUAUAACUAGCUUGUAAAGUAAAAACGUGAAAUAGGAUCACCACGCCCAGGCUGGCUAAGAAUCAUGAUGGUAUAACUUAGUCCACUGUUAUUUUUCAUAAGCUAGUGUUCUACGUUUAUUAUUGUAAGGAAAUGAUUAUGUUUUUUCGAGUUAUGAAAAAAUACCAUGUGACAAAGAGUAAAGUUAGGACCUGACUUAAAGGUAUAAUAAGAACUGGAAUACGUAACUAAAUUCAAAUUCUCAAAACUUACACCGCUAUGAUUUUCACCUCGCUAAUUGAUCUAGCCGCAGCUAGGGUCAUACACUAAUUUUUAUCAUUGUUAGCAAUUCAGUAAUGAAUCAAAAAAUUUGUGCUUUUAAGAUUUAAUUAAUUUUGAAAUGAUUUACCAACUUUGUCAUAUCGCUUCCUUUAGGUAUACAAUAAGAACCGCGAGCCAAAACGAGAGGACAAUCGAAUUUCGCCUGAUCAAGUCACAAGGCCGAUCGCGUCUUUUUACGAUCCUAUCUUUUUUUCUCUCGAACCAUUGUACAACUACCACUGCCCGACUUUUAUGACUUUUUUUAGGAAAUACCCGUUUUUUAUGGAAAGAGAAAAGGAGAUGCUUUCCUUAGCACAUAGAUAGAUCUCUGGUCCCAUUCAUUCGCUUCAUCAAACAGAUCGUCCAAUUUUGAUAUAACGUCGUUUGUGGUAAUAAAGAAAUUAGUCGUGGUGAAAAAUGCUGUUUGCGAAGAAAGAGUUGCAAGAAAUAUUUGAAACUUUAAACUAUAUAUUUUUCGCUGACAGUAUUUUUAACAUAUUAAAAUUAAAAUUAUUUAACAUAUAAAAAUCACAUCGCUUCAAUUGUUUGAUGACGGACAAAACAAGAUUGUAGUCGAGACCGCAGACGAUUCGUCCACUAAAAUUGACUAAAAACGUCAAGCUAGCGGUAAGAUUUCAGCCAGCGAUCGAUCAGAAAUUCGCAGACCUUAGAUAAAAGCGAGAGGCGUUUCAAACGACGCUGCCCCUCUUGUAAAAUAAUUUAGUUAAUUCACGUCGGCAUUGCGCUUCACGAACUUCGUGAACGAACAUUUCAAUUCAUCACAAACGCGUUUCAAAAGAUGACUAUGAUCUUACCUUUCGUCAUUGCUGUACUUAAUCUAUCACUCAGGAAUAUAGCUUACCUUUUAUCGUUGAUUUUAUCAGAUUUAUCAGACGAACGUGAAAACAACCAUACUUUUCGAUUUUAUAUUUACACUAUAGGGAACAUCCCAUAAAACUUGUAACCUUUAUAUCUCAUCCUUACUCACCAGGGAUCUCCUCUCACCUUUUCACGGAUCUCUCUACGUACGACUGAUAAAUAAGAAAACACGAAAACCUCUAAUCGCACAGUUUCGGAGCAACAAAUCGUUCGAUAGUUGCUAUAAUCCAAGAAUUACUGUGCAUUUCUGACGUGUAUCAUUUGUUUCUGUAAUCCAAUGAAAGACUAAAACUGUAUCUUUCCGUCGAGCUAUUUAUAUACCAUUUUGAAAUUCGAAAACGCCUUAUGUGAUUCACAACACUCUCCCUACUUGGAGUCAAAGUAUCUAAACGAAUUUGAUCCGAAACGAAUUUUCGACGGUUUCGAGUAUUUUUGGUAUACGAGCGAUAAUUUAAAAUAAUUACUGAAUGUUGAAAUACAACAUGCAUUCGUGUCAGAUGGAGAAAAAGUUCAAAAAGAUUAUUCUCGAAAGAAUACAGUUCUAGUCACCCAGGUGUUUACUAGUCGUUAAAAAUCCCCUUUUCAGACUGAUUCAACCAAAGGAACCAAGUAACCCGUUUAUGAAGCGAUUAAUUUUUGUACAAAAGAACACCUGCGAACAUCAUCUUUUUUGCGUGACUUUGUAUAGAUAGAGCGAUUGAUACGUUGAGGACCUUUGGCCAGUUCGUGUAUGAAGGGAAAGGAAAGAGGGGAACCUUCGAGAAACACGAUUAUGCAUUUAGAUAAUUACAGUAAGAGGUAGAUAAUAGACGAUUUAGCUGAUAAUACGGUGAGAAUUGGGGCACGCAGCUCCAUCACUUCUGAUGUCCAGUUCGAAAAGGAGGAAAGAGGAGGAACGUGAGGAGCAGCAUAACUGUGAGAAAUAGAGGCAGCAGCAUGAGCUUCGCUACUCGAAGCCAUUUCGGUUUCGUUUCCAGCGUAAAGAAAAAUUUCAUGUUUCGAUAUACAAGGGCUACAACAAGUAUACGUAUACCAUUGUACUUAUAGCGUUUACGUACUAAUUAAUUAGAUCCAUGUAUAUUAAAUUUCGUAUCAUUUAGUAGUACUUGCGUAUGAUUAUAAAAAUUUGAUACUAUGAAAAUGAAAUGUAGGACCUGAUAAAAAAAAGCAUUAGGAAAUAAGAAUGCGUGAUAAUACUUUCGGUAGCCACUGUAUAUACAUCUCUUUCUGAACCGCUAAAAGUUAUCAUCGAAGGAAAUCACUAUCACAAAUGAAAUUUUAUAGUAGAAUAUACCGUUAUUUUAAAAAUCGCUGAAGUCGGACAAAUGCAAUUAGAUGUUUUAUUCCUAUUCGGUAUUAAAUGAAAGGUAGGAGAGUUAUUAUUUGCAGCGGUUGCAAAUAAUAUUGCUAUUGGAUGGUAUUAUUGGAGGACGAUAAUAUUUAUUAAAACAAAAUUCGCAUGAUGAUUCGCGGAAAUUCAUGAACAUCUAAAUAGUUUAAUUUGAAAUUCCAACAUUAUAUGUCAAUCAAAUUUCUACUUUAAUGUCUAAAUAUACAUAUAUAUGUAUAUAGGUACACCCUUAAAUUUUCUGUAAUUCUACAGUUCUGCAUCUGUAUAAAUCUGUCCUGAAUUUUUACUAAAUUUUAGAAUUUUUUGCGAUUUCUGUAUAUUUGUAUCACUAUAUAGGCAUGCGAAUUCUUAAAUUCCUUAAUUUAUCUUCACAUUACUGAAAAGCUGUGUUUCGAAUUAAUCGUCUACUGAAAAAGAAAGAGAAAAGGAAACAUUAUUUUUCUCUUAGCCGGAAACGGGUCAGGGAUUGGGUAGGGGGAGGGGAAAGGGGUAUGUCAAGGGUUUCCGUUGCUCAACCUACUUUUUCGUACUCGUGAGGGAAGGUUAAGCUGCUGGAUAUAGAACGUCCAAUGUAUUACGUGCAAAUUUAUGAUAUUCCGACGACGAAGAAUAACGAUAUUUUUCCACCGAUUAUACGUCUAGUCUUGUAGGAUUAAUAAACCGUAAACUGUAGUUGUACAAUUAUAUAUAUAUAUAUAUAAUAUAUAUUAUAUAUGUAUAUAUAUUAUAUAUAUAUACAUACACAUGGAGGUUUCUCUCUAUAUUAUAACCAAUGUAACGAUAGUGAGAAUUACAAUGAUACAGAACCUCUGUUGGCUCAAUACCAUAUGCGGCAAACAAACAAUUUUUCGUAGAAUAAACAAUCACCCAACACGCUUCCAGUCCUUUGCACGGUACCGUGUAAUAUCAUGCUAUUUUUCUUAAGAAAUUGUAAGGCGUAGAAACCUGUUUAAUUAUCGUAUCGCUUGGGGAGCGAAGCGAUAAUUAAAGCGGUUCCAUAACUAACUUCUAUACAGAUUCUGCUAUUUUAUAUCAAUUUAAUAAUUGAUAUAAUUAUUAUUUACAGGAAUGAAAUA